AUGGGAAACGUCUGUGGUAAACAAGAGAUGGGUACUGAAGAGGACAUAAAAUCCAAUCAGAACAUCAACACUAUGCUUAAGCAAGCCAGACUACGAUUGGAUAGUGAGAUCAAGUUGUUGUUGUUGGGUGCUGGUGAGUCUGGCAAGAGUACAAUUGCAAAGCAGAUGAAGAUUCUUCAUUUGAAUGGAUUUACACAGGAGGAGAAAUCAUCUUAUAAGACCAUAAUAUAUAAUAAUACAGUGGGAUCAAUGCGAGUGUUGGUCAAUGCCGCUGAGGAGCUCAAGAUUGGUAUCAGUGAGAGCAACAAAGAGGCUGCCUCUAGGAUCGCUAAUGACCUUGGCGAGCACUUUAAUGGAGUGAUCACACCGGAUCUGGCAAGAGACAUCAAAAACCUGUGGUCGGAUCCGGGCAUCCAGACAGCCUUUAGCCGCUCCUCAGAGUUCCAGCUUAAUGACUCGGCCGCCUACUACUUUGAUGCCAUUGAGCGCAUUUCCAAACCCGACUACCUCCCAUCUGAGGGUGACGUAUUGCGCUCACGUACAAAGACCACUGGUAUCAUCGAGACAGAGUUUCAAGUGCAAGGCACUGCUUUCCGCAUGGUGGACGUGGGUGGCCAGCGAUCAGAGCGUAAGAAGUGGAUGCACUGCUUCCAAGAGGUCACUGCGGUGAUCUUCUGUGUGGCUCUUAGUGAGUACGAUCUUAAGCUCUAUGAGGAUGACACAACAAACCGUAUGCAAGAGUCACUCAAGUUGUUCAAAGAGAUUUGCAACACCAAGUGGUUCUCAGAGACGGCCAUGAUCCUGUUCUUGAACAAGAGUGACCUGUUUGCAGAGAAGAUCACCAAGUCUCCCUUGACCAUCUGUUUCAAAGAGUACAGUGGUGCCUCCACCUACGAGUCCUGUAGUGACUACAUCAAACACCAGUUCCUGAACCAGAAUGAGAACCCCAAGAAGCAUAUCUACCCUCAUCUGACGUGUGCGACCAAUACCUCCAACAUCUCCCAUGUGUUUAACAGUGUUAAGGACAUCGUUUUGAAGGAUGCCCUGGAGACAGCAGGCAUGUCCUUUUAA